AAUGCCUCCAGGGAAGCAUAAAUCAAAACUAAAAUCAGCCAAUGCUCCUGAUACUGUCAAACAUUGCCCUAUCCCACUCUUCUUAUCUAGGUACUUCUUUCCUAUACCCUACUCUUUAGAUAACCAUCUCGUGUUGAUGGCCAACCCAUAUCCAAUUAAAAAUACAAUACAUAGCUUUCCAGGUAUUUUUUAAUUCUGUUAUAUAAAGACAACCUUCAUCAUCCCAAAUAUAGGACCAUCCUGACAUUGGGGAUAUUCAAUUUAACACAAGGAAAUUUAAUGUUACACUCAUGGUCUAAUAAGAAAACAAAAUUUAUAAUCUAGGUGAUAUCAAUUGCAAACUCACAGAUGAUAAUAGAGUAUGGAUUUUUGAUCUUAUCAAAACACUCAAAGAUAUGCAAAUCGAUGCAAUAGAUCAUCUCAAAAAUAGCACCAUUUAAAUCUUAAAUGAGGAAGAGACAUAAAAUCUAGGUAUAUUCUCUAAUCUAUUAGUUAAUCAUUCACUUUAUACACCAAAUUUGGCUGUAUAUGAGAACCUUGGUGUUGAACCUUUGAAUUAAGAUACUUUUUUCAAAGUCAACGAAGAUUAAAUCAAAUUGCAAUUAAAAAUCAGACCUUCAAAAAUCAGCUUAUUAGAUACCAUUCUAGAGAAAUAGCCUAAUGAAGAAACUAAUUCAAAGAAAAAUUAAAAAACUAAGCAGAGAACUCUCUCGUAAGUUGUUGAAAGAGUAAAUAAUUUUUCUAUAUAGGUGGCACUCUGGAGAAGACUUUAUACUGGUUUUUAUGAUUAGAACAAAACAUUUGUGUAAAUGUCUUUAGAUAAGGCUGCUGAAAAAGUUGGAAUUUCUAAGAAGACAUUAGAUGAUUAUCUAUUGUAAAUUCGUUAUGGAAAGCGAUAUGGUUUCGACUUUAAAAAAAACAGUGAUGAAGGCAUAAGCAAAUUGAGAUAAUUUGUUAAAUCGAAAAAAGAAAAUAAGAAAAAUGAUACAUGAA